UUAGAAGAAAUGAAUUGUAAUCUUUAGCAAUAUUUUAAUAGAAUACAAACUGGUUGGCAAAAAGGGAGAAGGAACGUUCUCAGAAGUGAUCAAAUCACAAUCAUUCAAAACUGGAAAUUAUGUUGCCAUUAAAUGCAUGAAAAAUAAAUUCACAUCCAUCGAACAAGUAAGACAUACUGAAUAUGUGUAGGUUAAUCAUUUACGAGAGAUAUAGGCCUUAAGAAAGCUAAGUCCUCACGAUCACAUUAUAAAGUUGAUUGAAGUUCUUUAGUAUGAAAAUCAUAUAAAUUUAAUUUAGUGAUGAACCCACAGGACGUUUGGCUUUGGUGUUUGAGUUGAUGGAACAGAAUUUGUAUGAACAUAUUAAAGGUAUUAUUACCAACAUUUUAAAUAGGCAGGAGAUAACCUUUGAAUCCUUAAAAAGUUAAAUCUUUUAUGUACUAACUGCUAAAAUCUAUUGAACAUAUGCACAGAAAUGGCAUCUUUCACAGAGACAUUAAACCGUAAUCAAUAUUCAAAUCAUUAGUGAAAACAUUCUGCUAAACGCAGAUCAUCUCAAACUUGCCGAUUUUGGAUCAUGCAAAGGAAUCUACUCCAAACAUCCCUAUACUGAGUAUUACUAUCAAUUCAUAUCUCAUUCUAGAUAUAUCUCUACUAGAUGGUACAGAGCCCCCGAGUGCUUAUUGACAGAUGGCUAUUACGAUCACAAAAUGGAUCUCUGGGGAGUAGGAUGUGUCAUGUUCGAAAUCAUAGCCUUAUUUCCACUCUUCCCAGGAACCAAUGAAUUAGAUCAAGUCAACAAAAUACACAACAUCCUGGGAACUCCCAAUCAAAAAGUAUUCGAUAGAUUUAGAAAGUAUCAUCUUUAUACUAUUUUAGACAAGCCACCCAUAUGGAAAUCAAUUUCCCACCUAAACAUGGUAGUGGCAUUGAUAGAUUGCUGUAGGGUUAAAGCAAGGAAUGUAUAGAUCUAAUUAAAUUGUUGCUUAUUUACGACCCUGAAGAACGAAUCAAUGCUCAAUAAGCCAUAAGACAUGAAUACUUUAGAGAAUUAUAUGAGGCUGAUACUUAAAAGAGCUUUUAGCAUACUUUACAAUAAAUCAGAAUAUCCAAUCACCGAGAACAGUAUGAUUAUAAUUUACAUGAUUAGGAAUGACAACUCUUUGGAAAGAAGCCAGAGAAUAGAGGAAAGCAAAUAACAACAUUAGUUGAAUUUCAAGAAAACUUAAAAUUAUUAUGCGAAAUCUUAGAAGAAGUCAGGAGUAUAGAAUUAUGUUAUUGUUAAAGUUACCUUCAUUGUAAUUUGAUUUGAGAGUAGAGAGCAUCUAUAAAAAUACUUAACAUCAUGACAGUGAUGAUGAUCUUGAGAAAUAGUCAUCUCAUAAAUAAAUGAUGCUGCCAUAGAUUCCAAAAUCGAAAAAAUAUGAUCCUAAAAAAAUAUAUGGCAAAUAAUAAUACGGAUCAUCAAAUUAGCCAUAUUAGUUCAAUUCCAAAGGUAAGGAAUUCUUCAUAGAUUAGUAGGAAAGAAAAUGACUCAUGGCUUGUAAGGUGAUUAUAUAGUUUUGGGAAAGAAAGCAAUGAAUUAAUGAUAUAUUUUAAGUUUUUAGUUGAC